AAACAAUUCCGAACGGAGAAAGUAUCAAAAUAGAAAUAGUCCCUGCCGUGCACAUUUGUGCUACAUGUUUAUAAAUUACAAAUAUUUUAGCAACACGUGCAUUCUUCUCCCUUUUUUUUCCUUCUUUUUAAAUGGUCCAAAAAGAGAAAAAGAAAGACAAGAAGUCAAAGAGGGGUUGGAAGAGAUUAUAAUUUGGAUAAUUUGGUGUACUUAAAACUCAGUUCAGGAUUCAGGAAAGAUUCGAUUAUAAGAGCCUAUUAUAUGCAGUUUUAUGUUUAUAUUUUUGAGAGAUUGUUUCCAAGACCAGGGACGGAUCCACGUUGGGUUCAAGGUGUUCACUCGAACAUCCUCGGUAAAAAAAUAUACGAUAUAUGUAUGGAUAAAUUUUCUGUAUUUUUGUAGAUACAUAUAUUUUGAACCCCCUCAAUAACAAAUAAAAAUAGAUAGCUCAAUGGUAAGACCCUUAAUAUUAAGUUGCACAACAUUUAUUUGUUUCAGUUUAUUUUUGUUUAAAAAAAUCAGUUCUAUUUUUCAAGCAUUUUUAUUUUAAUCGUGCCAAAAGUGUGGUUUUAAACUCAAAAAAAUUCAAAAGGCCCAUUUCGAAAGACUUAUUUACACGUUUAUAUUUUUAUUUUUUGAACCUCCUGAACGAAAAUUCUGAGUCCGUCACUGUCCAAGACCUGACCCUGUGAUCUCUUAAUCACACGACAACAACUUUACUAGUUACUCCAAAGCUAUGUGACAGAUUGUGUUUUGUUUAAAAUAAAAAAGUGUUUGACAGACCACCUACUUAAAAAACAUAACUAUUAAAAAUCAAAGUUUGUUUUUGUAGGUUCCUCUAACAGAACUUUUAGUUAGAAUUUAAGACCCAAUCAAAUCUUUAAAAUGAUUACUUUAAUAGACAAAACCAAACAGAAGAAGACUUUUGUAGUCUUUAAUUUCAUCAUCACUGGACUUUAUCCUAUUACGUUUUUACCAUACGUUAGUUAUAAUCUUUUAACAAUCAAACUGUCACUUUUCUGAGGAUUUUAAUCAUCAUCUAUUAGUGACUUCUGGUGUUGUAGGAUUUUAUAAUUUCACAAAUGACUUUUACCUCCUUCCUAUGACGGAGUCAGGAAUUCAUACUAGAAUAUCAUAUCAGGAUUUGAACCUGCGAUAACAACAACACCUACUUUGGCUUCACUCCCAAAUAAGUUGAGAUCAACUAUAUGAAUCCCCACUUCUUCAUUUAAACUCAUUUCAUAUCAUCAUACCGAACAACAUAAAAGUGAAAAAUAAGUUCUACAUAUGUAUACAUUGAUACCAAGUAUAGGUAGGUCUUUCGAGACAUUUUCCUUCACAUAUGUACCAUAUUUUCACACCUAUAAACUGGUGCAUCUGUAGGUUGCCGCAGAACAUGUGAACUUAAUAUCUAAAGCAACUUUUGAACCCUUAACACUAGAAUCUUCCCUUGUAUCAAAGGGAUUCAACGGUUUAUAUGUUGUAAUAAAAAAUUAUGUUUAUCCUAUUUGUCCAGUAUAGUAUUCUCCAACAAAACAAAUUCAAUUGGGCUCCCUUGAAUUUUUGUCAUAAGAACAACUCCAAUUGGAUAAACAGUACAUCGUAAAUGUUAAGAGAAAACAAUGAAAGUGAUUUUCAAAGAAAGAGACUUUUUAGUUUAAGCAUUUUUCAUGAAAAUUUAUGCAGUUAGAUAGGUUAAGUGGGUGAACCAAUAUAGCUCUACAGGGUUCAACUAAGUUUUAAUAAUAUAAUCUGUCAACCUCAGACAACUUUUAUCUCUACUUCUUCCCCUAUAAAAGCAGACCCCUUAACUCUACUAUCUUUCACAAACAAGCACUGACUUGCAUUUCUACUAAUACUCGAAACAAGUUGUAGAAAGAAAAAUAAAAGGAAAACAAAUGGAGGCUUUGAAGAGCAUUGCCAAACCUUUGUGUUAUUUGUUGUUUCUGUGCAUUUUUCUUCUCUUUGCAGAUGCAGCAUCUGCGAAAACGCAUUACCAUGAUUUUGUGAUUCAAGCAACACCAGUGAAGAGGCUGUGCAAAACCCACAACACCAUAACAGUGAAUGGACAAUUCCCUGGACCAACAUUAGAAGUAAACAACGGGGAUACUCUAGUUGUCAAAGUUGUCAAUCGAGCUCGAUAUAAUGUCACCAUUCACUGGCAUGGGGUUAGACAAAUGAGGUCAGCAUGGGCAGACGGACCAGAAUUUAUCACUCAGUGCCCAAUUAGACCAGGAAAGAGUUACACUUACCGGUUCACAAUUCAAGGACAAGAAGGGACACUUUGGUGGCAUGCCCACAGCUCAUGGCUCAGGGCUACUGUUUAUGGAGCUCUAAUUAUUCACCCAAAAGAAGGAGGAAACUAUCCAUUUCCUAAGCCCAGAAGAGAAACACCUAUUCUGCUUGGUGAGUGGUGGGAUGCAAACCCAAUCGAUGUUGUAAGAGAGGCUACAAGAACUGGAGCAGCCCCUAAUGUAUCAGAUGCUUACACCAUCAAUGGUCAACCAGGUGACCUCUACAAGUGCUCCAGUCAAGAUACCACCAUAGUUCAUAUGGAUUCUGGCGAAACCAACCUCCUUCGAGUUAUCAAUGCUGGAAUGAACCAGGAGCUUUUCUUUACUGUGGCAAACCACAAGUUUACUGUUGUUGGAGCAGAUGCCUCAUAUGUUAAACCCUUCACUACAUCAGUCCUUAUGCUCGGACCAGGCCAGACAACUGAUGUCCUUAUCAAAGCUGACCAGCCACCAAGCAGAUACUACAUGGCAGCACGUGCCUACGCAAGUGCUCAAGGCGCCCCCUUUGAUAAUACCACAACAACAGCCAUCCUCGAGUACAAGACAUCUUCUUGUUCUUCCAAUUGUGUCAAGACCAAUCCAGUUUUCCCAUCUCUACCAGCAUAUAAUGACACAGCCACUGCAACAGCCUUCACAACAAAAUUUAGAAGCCCAAGAAGAGUCGAGGUACCCAAAGAAAUCGAUGAAAAUCUAUUCUUCACUGUUGGGCUAGGACUCAACAAUUGUCCAAGAGGUGCACGCUCUAGAAACUGUCAAGGUCCAAAUGGAACUCGAUUCACUGCCAGUAUGAACAAUGUGUCUUUUGUGCUACCAUCCAAUUUUUCCCUGCUACAGGCACAUCACAAUGGCAUUCCUGGUGUUUUCUCAACUGACUUCCCAGCUGUACCACCUGUAAAAUUUGAUUAUACUGGCAAUGUAAGCCGAUCUUUAUGGCAACUUAUUCGAGGAACUAAGCUGUACAAGCUGAAAUAUGGGGCAAGAGUGCAAGUUGUGUUACAGGGGACUAAUAUCUCCACAGCUGAGAACCACCCAAUUCACCUUCACGGAUAUGAUUUCUACAUCAUUGCAGAGGGUUUCGGUAACUUUAAUCCAAAAAGAGAUACAUCUAAAUUCAACCUUGUUGAUCCACCACUUAGAAACACGGCCAGUGUGCCCGUUAAUGGAUGGGCAGUCAUUAGAUUUGUCGCUGACAAUCCAGGAGUGUGGCUAAUGCACUGUCACUUGGAUGUUCACAUUACCUGGGGUUUGGCCAUGGCUUUCCUUGUUGAAAACGGAGUCAGUCAAUUGGAAUCAUUGGAAGCUCCACCAGUAGAUCUGCCUGUCUGCUGAUAACUGGAACAAGCAACAUAAUACAAAAUUCAAAGCCCUAGAGAAAUCAAUUAUUGUUUUAGUAAUUCUAAUUGAUAUUAUUCCCCAUUCAGGGCUAGUUCUUCUUUUUUUUGUUUGCUUUUACUACAUUUUCCCCCUUAUGCCUAGAAUUUAUAGUCCAUAUAAUGCCAAAAAUUGCUAUGUAAUACACCAUAUGUCUUAGAAUUAAGGCAGCAUAUUUCCCAGAUUAAACCAGUUGUAUUGUUUCGA